AAAAAUGGAAAUAAGGGCUCGCCUCAAGGAACCUGUCACCGUUGCCUGUCACUGACGUAAGGGGUUCAACAUCCGCCGAUCACUCUCGGUUACCUCACCCUUGACUCCAUAGAGAAAAGAAAAUGUAGAAGUGACCCAGAGCAGGGCUAACUGGGCAAAAGAAAUAAGGGAAAAAAAGUCGCUAUUGACUAUGAUAUCCCAUAGGUGCAAGCGUGUGGUCAGUGCAUUUGUAUAUGCGUGACUGCUAGGAGGAUAACGCGGGAAAGCAGUUCAAUACCUAUGCCCUUUUAAAAUUUGUUACUUUUGGGAGGGCUAUUGGGUUGUUGUUUUAAUUUUUAUUAUGUAUUUUGUGAACCGCCCUGAGACCCUCGGGUACAGGGCGAUAUAUUAAUCAAUCAACCAACCAAUCAAUCAAAAUAUUUUGAACCGGAAGUCAACAAGAACUGCAAUCGCGUGUCACUCUUCCCUCUUUCCUCUACGAACUCGUCAUGAAACAAAGUGGCAGCCCGGAACUACUUUUCCCGACGUGCAUUUCGCCACUCCCGUCGCCCUCAAAUCCGGCGGACAGACUCGUGAAUAUGGCGCAGCCCUUUCCUGCGGGGCAUCCUGGGAAUUAUAGUUUGUUUGUUUUUUAAGUUUGUUUGUUAAUGGGAUGUCACUCUGGGAGGUCGCGCCCAUUUCCCAACGUGUGUCCUGCCUGCGCCAGUUAACUUCGACGCCAGCGAAUUCUGCUCGUGGCUUCUGCAGCUGCUUGAGAACCCGGAGGAGCAUGGGGGCCGAGCUGUAAGAUCCCCGUGAGACUCUGCAUAGCAAGCGAGGGAGACAUAGGAGAGCGUCUGUGGGAGGACCCCCCCCCCCAAAAAAGGCUGGUCGCCCACACACUCCUUUGGAUCGCCAGGAGCCUUCUCGCUAAGCGCCAUGCUGCUUCCUGCUUGCAAAGUUUCCCGUCAAGGUAAAGUGCAUUUAAAUCCUGCUUUCCGGACGUGCCGUGGCGAGUAAGUUUCGCCCUGAAUCGCCAUAAUUUUUUGCACGCUUGUGUUUUGUUUGUCGAUAAGCCAUCUCUUUCUUUCACGAAGAGCAUUGAUUCAGGGUCAGUGUGCAUGCAUGUCCAGCACAAUAGGAAUAAAUGUGCAUUCAAUCCUGGUGUAAGUCAUGGCUCCCACCAUUAGAAGUGGGAAGUGGAAAAUGAAAGCAGUGGCUUUUCUCUGGGUGAGCGUUGUCCACCUCAGAUUGAUUCUAGACACGCCUUGCUCCUUGGCCCCUGACGAAAUGUGCUCAGGCUCGAUGGCAGCUGUCAGGGGAUUAAGUAGCAAUGCUGUGUUGAUUUGUGUCUCUCUGUGUAAGGGAAGGGGGAGUGUCCAACAGUGUAAAUGUGCACGGAGCAGCUCUGUGAGUCAGAGGUGUUGUCGGGGUUUGGUUUUGAACCCCACCUGUCAAGCCUAGGAAAAGGCAAGGCCGUGACCUUAGUAUGCGCAAACAGAGGUCAACAGAAUGGGGUUGACAACAAAGCUACAAGAAAGAAGUCGCCUUACACGUGGGAUUGCUGACCCACACCAGAUAUUUAUUUCUUUCAGAGCUGACCCUGGGUAUUUCUCCUCUUUCAUCUCCCCCUGCUGGCCAGAAGUAAAAUCAGGGUAAAGGUCACCUGUAGGAUCUCUUACAAAACAGAUCUUGUUUGGACAGAGACCAGUCCUUUUGUGGAAGGGAGACUCUUUAAAAAAGCCCCGCUUAUGUCUCGGCAGUGAUUGUUAUGAAUCUUUGCAAGAAUCUUAAGAACCAGCUUGGAAAGACAGAAAUGGAGGCUUGAAAUGUUCUUGCUGGUGUUUUUUGGUCUCUGUUUCCUCCACUUUUCUUUCAUCUCUACCUGGUAGAAAUCCACCUGAAAAUCAUAGCCUCUGACUUGAAAGAUCUUACUCCAAUGAGUGGUUGCUGCUGGUUAAGGAGUAAGAGGAUGUGAUGGUCAGCCACGUAGAGCACAUGAGAUGAGGGGAAACCGGCUUCCUACCACCUUCAGAAACCUAUCACUAUCAGUUCUUUAGGCACCAGUGAUGAAUGGUCAUCUGGAUUUUUCCAUCAUGCGGUAAUAUACCAAUGAUAAUAGCUUGCUGCAAUUGGCAAGCAUAAGAAAAGUAGGGCAGAAGUAGAAUAGCUUGGUUCUCCUUUACAUACUAAUAAUGUUAAGUGCAAAUAAUUGUAUGUUUUACCUAGAAGUCUUUUAUGAAGUAGAAAGCCUAAACGGCCUCAGUCCAGUAUACCUGAAGGAGCAUCUCCACCCCCAUCGUUCUGCCCGGACACUGAGGUCCAGUGCCAAGGGCCUUCUGACGGUUCCCUCACUGCGAGAAGCCAAGUUACAGGGAACCAGGCAGAGGGCCUUUUUGGUAGUGGCACCCGCCCUGUGGAACGCCCUCCCACCAGAUGUCAAAGAGAAAAACAACUACAGUACCAGACUUUUAGAAGACAUCUGAAGGCAGCCCUGUUUAGGGAAGCUUUUGAUGUUUAACAGACUAUUGUAUUUUAAUAUUUUGUUGGAAGCUGCCCAGAGUGGGGCAUAAAGAAUAAAUAUUAUUAUUAUUAUUAUUAUUGUAGCAUGGGGGGGGUUGAUGAAUUGUUUAAGUAUAUAUUAUCAAGGGACUGACUGCUGUCACACAUUGCCAGAUAGUCCAUAUAGCCUGCUUUCAGACAGGUGGCUCCUAGUGUUAAUAAGCAAUGCUCUUUUACUGUAUACUACAAGUGCAAUUGAUUUUCCACACUGCUGGGAAUGUUGCACUUAUUCUGUAUGUUCUUCCUGCUAUGUUCUGCCUACACAAGUGGAUGUGACAUAGCUGCAGUGGGUAGAAAAUUGGGAAAGGCCAGUUCACGUAAAUGCUAUUUUAGUAAAGUGGCUAUUGUUAAUAACAAGAAAGGAAUGUUUUUUAAAAAAAUAACUUUGUUGAAUUAAUAGGUUAAGCACUGUAAAGCCUUCAAUUUAGUUGUAUUUAAAACAUAGUUUGAAAAGCAUUGUAGUGCAAAAAUAUGGAGUGAUAAAAUGGUGCCCCUGCUGUAGUUAUUAAGAAUGUGUACUGAGCUGAUUCACUUACCCACCAUGGUGGUGUGCAUGUCAAAGUCCUGUCAUUUUGAAAGGAUAGAAGAGUAGCACCAAUAACGUCUACACUGGUGAUGAUUAUGCUACUCAUCUGUUCUCUGGGAAAAGUCAGACUCUGUUGAGUUAAAAAAGAUGGAAGUACAACAGGGAAAGAGCAGGAUGAUAAUGUUGUGUGAGGGCCUCCUAAAAAGUGAAUAAGUUUGAAAAUUCCCUGCUGAACAACUAGAUUGGAUUCAUCUAUAGUCAAACAUGACCUUGUAUAAGUAGCAGCCCAACUCUUUUGUUAUGUCAUGCUGUUGAUUACAGUGGCAGGAGUUGCUUGCUCAGUUCUCUAGUAGCCCGGCAUACAAAUGUCCACACCUCUCAUUUAGGAACAGUCACUUCCUGCUCUGCAACUCCAGAGAGUUUCUGUCUAAAUCCCCUUUUAAUUUCAUUGCAUGGCCUAGCUUUUGGUGCUGGCCUUGUAUUGUAACAGUCAUAUCUGAAUAGACACCCAAAUUGCAAAGAUCUAGGUUGCUAGCAAGCCAGAACAGUAGUUACUUGGUCAAAAUUUUAGCCGUUGGGUAAGUUGCCAAAAUGGAAAAGACAAAAUCAGAAGAAUUCAUGGCGAGCUGUCUGCUGCUUACGUAGAAGUGUGUGUUGGUAUAGAACUUACCCAUGCACUAUGAAAUUGUGUGUGCGUGUGCGUGCGUGCGUGCGUGCACACACACACACACACACACACACACAUGCAUAUAGGUAAGUCAUCUGUUGAGUUCAUUUGUGAACAUUAAAUCAAUUUUGAGUUUUUUGGUUGUAGACCCUGUAAAGCUCAUUGUGUUUUAUAUAUGCUAAUCACUUAAGUCUAUUGUGGCUGUGCUCCACACAGAUUUGUAACAUUUAGAUUAUAGCAGAUAUUCAGAGGUGUGGGAAAGCUGUGCGGCCAUGGUUUUUAACCAAUGUGCUGUGGCACCCUGGGGUGCUUUGAAAUGGUGGUCAGGGGUGUUGUGGGAAACACUAGCCUCUUUCCCUCUUUCCCCCUUUCCUUGCCCCUCUCCUCUGAUGCCCUCUCACAUCUCUGCCUCUGGGGGUGUUGGUUGCUAGGAGCUGAGGUGGCCUCAGAGUAAGCAAGCAAGUGGGCGAGGGAGCCCAGCCGGCCAGUCCACCAACCCUUGCUGUUGGGAACGAAUGGACGGGUCCUAGGCCCCUAUGGGGCACAGUGAGGAGGCACUUCUCUUUGAGGCAGGGAGCGGGGCAGCUCAGAGACCAGGGGCUGCAGCAGUGGCUGCCUGGAAGGCUCCCAAGGAGAGAGGAGAGGAGGCUGAGGGAACACUCCACAAGGAAGGGUGUUCGAAAAAGGGUGAGAGGCUGCCAGCUCUGCAGGCAAGGAGAGAUAUAACUGGGCUCCUGAGCCACACAGAGGUGCUGCAGAAAGAAUGUAGUUGGUCAAGGGUGUCGUGGACUCAAAAAGGUUGAAAACCUCUACUGUAAGGCAUCACUGAGAUCUGCGGCGAUGUGUGACUUAUCUUUGAUGAUCAACUUUUUAACACUGCACUAGACAACUAAAUGGAGACGGGGGAAACCUAGGAUCUGGAACUGAUAUGGGAUGCAACAUUAAUGUAACUGUUACAUCUAAGACUGCUUCUCUAAAUGGUAUGGUAUUUAUGUAAAUCAUACAGUGUACAAAUAAACGAUCCUAAUAUAGUAGCAGAAUAUUUGUGUCUUGGUUUUCCGAGUUACAGAGCUGUAACAAAUAUUGAAUGCUCAAAACUGUUCUAUUUCUUUGCAACAGCACAUCGUUGUCUGUAUGCCUUGAGGUCAGCAGGAAAAGAUUGUCACCUGCCUUUGUGCGCAGCACGAUGGGCUUCUUCCACUGUGCCACGUAUCACCACCCACUAUACUAUCCACCCCCGGGACAAAGACAACCGGUGGGAAGGUAAGUGACAAACUUUUAAGUACAAUUCAUUUUUGUAGCAUAACCAGGCUUGUAAAUAGCUAUUUGCCUAGUCGCCUGUGGCGACGAAGAAUCAAUUACUGAUCAACAAACAGCAAAGGUAGUCCCCCCCCCUUUAAAGGACACUUAGAUAGAUAGAAGAUAGCACAUGGGCAGCUAUAUAUUUUUGUGGGAAACCCUGUAAAUCUGUAUCUGUAUUUAUAAUUAUAUUUAACAAUUAACUUUGCAAUUGUUUAUUACAUUAGUGUAUUACUUUAGGGUGUAUGGGGUGUUAGGGAAGGGGUAGUACCUUUGGUGGGGGACACAUGGUGCUCCUUUUGGUGUAGUUUGUCCUACUCUGGUCCCCACCAUGCACUCAGCUUUCAGCUGCGGCUCCCAGAAGCUGUCAGCAUGCGACUGCAGCAGCCACAUCUUGGGAAGAGCUUCAAGUGGCCGUCUAGCUGUGAUGUGGGACAGUGCCAGUAAAAGGUCAUUGAAGUGCAUCCUAGCAACCCCACAGUUGAAAGAUACCUAUAAGUUCUAUUCCAUUUUUUAUUUUAUUUUUUUUAGUCUUGACCCAACACUUUUUUUUUCUUCACUUGAGGCUGCAAGAUCAGACUUCAAGAAGGGGAGGGACAGCUGAUUUUGACAGCAAGGGCCUAGCCUCCAUUUGACUUUCCGGUAUAUGGCUCUUUGUUAAAGGGAUAAGCAUGGAAAGAUUUGCAGAAGAAGCGGAUGUUGUUGUAGUUGGAGCAGGCCCUGCAGGACUCGCUGCAGCUAUCCGACUCAAGCAGUUAGCUAGCGAACACGGCAAAGAGAUCCGCGUGUGCCUUGUGGAGAAAGCUGCUCAGAUUGGUGCGCAUACACUUUCUGGAGCUUGCCUGGAGCCACGUGCCUUAAACGAACUUUUCCCAGAUUGGAAAGAACGCGGGGUAAGAGCUUAACGUCUGUACUACAACUUUUUUCAGUUGUAGCUUAAUUCUGUUUAGAAUGCAUGCUAGUGAUUUUAAGGGAAAUUGCUAAAAUAGUUAUAUAUAAUAUGUUUCCUCUGAAUGCUAUGAAAUAGAAAGUAUCCGAGGAAAUAAUGAGCAUUAUAAAGAUAUUUGGUAAAGUAUCUUUUGCCAAAGAAUAAAUAAAAUUCUGCCAAAUACCUUUAUCUGUUAAAUCCUUUAGCUUGCUGCCUUUAAUGAUCAGAACCUGCAGUAGAAUACAAGUGCCUUUCUUGCACUUCAUUCUUUUCUUAUUUGUGCUUAAUCUGACAUCUAUUACCAUCCUUGAAACUCAUAAGUAUGUCUGCUCCAAUUUUAUGUGAAUCUAUAAUGCUAAUGAUAUUCAAAUGUCUUAUUAAGGGGGUUGGAAGUUUUGUAAAAUAUUUCUACUUAUUUUUAUUUCAUUUCUCUUAGGCUCCACUGCAUACCUCUGUAACAGAAGACAAAUUUGGAAUAUUAACAAAGAACUCUAGAAUCCCAGUUCCUAUUCUUCCAGGUACAGUUAUCGAUGAAGAUGAAAAACCUCUAUGUGUAAAUCUUUUGUUUUGAGCUGAGGUAUAAAGUGCUUGUAUGAGCUAUUCUUUUGCUUAAAAGUAUUAAAUUUAUUACCUGCCCUUCACCCUAUGGUCUCAGGGUGGGUUACAACUGUUUAAAAAACAAAAUUAAGAACAACUUGAACCAACUUACAUAGUGCCUCUGCAGUUGGAGUGGUUAACCUGUGGCCCUCCAAAUGUUGCUGGAAUGGAGCUCCCAUUCAUCCCUGACAACUGGCUAUGCUGGUUGGACCUGAUGGGAGUUCAGUAACUUCUGGAGGGCCGCAGGUUAGCUACCACUGCUUUAUAGUGAAGAUAUGUCACAUCACUUUGUUCCAGUACGUGCACUGUAGUUUAUAAGUUGUGUUGAGGACAAGCUUGUAAGUCAGUUGAUUUGGUGUCUGAGGCAAUUAAGAAUCUCCUGCACUGAACCUGAGAAAAAUGUUUUGUAAACUAUGAGAGACUUUAUGUUUACUAAAACAUAGACUGAAACAUAGGUACAGCAAGCAGGCUAGGAACAUGUUUUGUGCAGCGGUAAGAUUUGUGAGCACAGGGCUGAGUUAAUUAAGUCAUAAACUGUUACUUCACCGUGCUAGUAAGCUGAUGCGUAUGGUAGAAUUGUAACUUUGACCUAGUCUUAGUGUUUUACUGUUUCGUGAAAUGAAUUGUGGUGUGUUUCAUCCUUUUAACUAGGCCUUCCGAUGACUAAUCAUGGGAAUUACAUAGUUCGUCUAGGGCAUUUUGUGAGCUGGCUGGGUGAACAAGCAGAAGCGCUUGGUGUUGAAGUCUACCCAGGCUAUGCUGCAGCUGAGGUAAUGGCAGAGCUGUCGCCAUUCAUGUUUGUGUGCAUGUAUGAGAUUUGUCAAACUUUCAUAUGACACCUAAGAUAGGUUUUCACCUAUUAGAAUGAAUGCAUUCAGUUAACACAAAUAAUCACUACACUAUAUUGUUUGCAGAAUUAUGUAAGACCAUAAGAGCCCUCCUGAGCAGAACAAAGGUCUGUCUAAUCCAGCAGGCUGUCUCCUACAGAGGCCAUCUUUAUGCCUUUUGACAAGCUCAGGUGCAGGACAGGUGCAUCUUGCUGCAUCUAAUUUGCAUCCUUAGGUUUUUGAAAACUUCCAGGAUAUUCCAUGCAGAUACUGUACUAGAAUGGGCCUUUCCUGCAGUGGCUCCCCAUUUGUGGAAUGCUCUCCCCAGGGAGGCUCGCCUGGUGCUUUCAUUACAUAUCUUUAGAUGCCAAGCAAAAAGGUUUCUCUAUAACCAGGGCUGAUUAACAGUCUAUGGCCUUUUAACUAUGUUUGUGGGAGGAGGGUUAUUCAAUUUUUUCAUUAUGUAUUUUGUGUUCUUUUGUGCUUUUAAUGUUGUGAACAGCCCUAUGAUCUUUGGAUGAAGGCUGGUAUACAAAUUUAAUUAAUAAUAAUAAUAAAUAUUUACCGGGCGACUACAACUAGGUGCUGUACAAACAAUAAAAUUGCACAACUCUGCUUGCAGCUUCAUGUUAAGAAUGUUGAAAUAACAGAUCUUUAUUUGAUUUCCUUCCCAUAGGUUCUUUUCCAUGAAGAUGGCAGUGUGAAAGGGAUUGCCACAAAUGAUGUUGGCAUCCAAAAGGAUGGGGCACCCAAGGUAAAUGCUCCUUUACUUUUUUAUUAACAUCAUGCUUUGCACUUGGAUGGCUCCUCAUAAAAAUGGAUAUUGUAAAACUGCUGUUAUAUGUAAGAAGAUGGUGUUGAACUUGCAGCUUAAUUUAGGCAUUUAAGUAAACACAAAGGUUGUAUACCCGAAAAAUAUGGCUCAAAGUUCCAGGGUUGAGACGAGCACAGGCAUUAUUGUAUUAUUGCCACAGAGCUUGUAUAAUGGAAGACACUUUUUAAACAGCAUUUUGAAGGACAUGUGACUAUGGGACGAGGCAUUCUGCAUCAAGACUUGCACCGAGGGAGCCAGUAGAUUUAAAACCAUGCAGAGAAAGAAGCAGAGAGGUUACAAAUACUUAUAAGGGACUGAAAACAACGCUUUUCCACUCUACGUAUAAUGAAGAAAAAAUAAAACACUUCAGUAUAUUCCUUAAGUUCUGAGUAGAUGAACUUAAAACAGAGAUGACUAAUAGAACAUGCAAGGAAAUAGUGGGGGGAAAACUCAUUAUCAGCCUGGCAUCAAGGGUCAGUUUAUACUGUUUGCUCCAAGUGUGCAUCCUACGAUUAUAGUGGUGUUUGUAAUUGUACGUCUCAGACAGAAUGAAGUAAAUAUGCUGCAGGUCACUUGAACUGUGUCCCCUACAUCUUACUAAGUGCUGGGAAUGAGCAUCACCCUUUAACAUUUUAGUACAGUGGUACCUCGGGUUACAUACGCUUCAGGUUACAUACGCUUCAGGUUACAGACUCUGCUAACCCAAAAAUAGUGCUUCAGGUUAAGAACUUUGCUUCAGGAUGAGAACAGAAAUUGUGCUCCGGCGGCGUGGCUGCAGCAGGCGGCCCCAUUAGUUAAAGUGGUGCUUCAGGUUAAGAACAGUUUCAGGUUAAGAACGGACCUCCGGAACGAAUUAAGUACUUAACCCGAGGUACCACUGUAUACGCAGCAUACAUACAUACCAGUGUGGACAAGGCAAGCAUAAGCUGGCUGCACAAAGUUUAAAUUGGCUCUAACAUAAGUAGGAAAAGAACUGCUGAUUUACAAUCUUUCCUACCAGUUUUCCUUUCUAAUGUUUAAAGCAGAACCAGAGUCUGUAUUCCCUCAUCGGGAACUUCCUAGGGUCCAGGUGCCAGUGAUGGGUAGAGCUUAGAGGCAAGAGAGCUAACACACACCCUUCCCUAUCCAGGCAAGCAGUAGACAUUGUCACAGUUCAAGGACAUAUUUCUGCCAGGCAAAAGGAUUUAAGCAGGGCAUGGAGCACCACCAGUGAGGGGCAUGGCCCGAGGAGAACCCUAACGGUUAGAUAGAGAGGCUUGGAGGGGCAGUAUUUCGGACAGAGCUCUGUCCCAGCCCUCCCUCAAGAUGCUGGGGAUUGAAGCUGGGAUCUCUGCAUUCAAAGCAGGUGCUCGGAAAAUUCUCUGCAACAUGGCAUAAUGAAAACAUGCUACACAACUGCUUGCAGCGUAUCUCGCCAAACAGACUUCACUUUCAAAUACGUAUUAUGUGUGUAAUGAUGGUAUUUAUUAUCUUCUGUGGCAGGCUACGUUUGAAAGAGGCUUGGAGCUGCAUGCCAAAAUCACUGUGUUUGCAGAAGGUUGUCACGGACAUCUUGCAAAGCAGUUGUACAACAAAUACAAUCUAAGACAGAACUGCCAACCCCAGACUUACGGCAUUGGGCUUAAGGAGGUAUCGCUGUAUUAUUGAUCGGUUACAAUCCAAGGUUUGGUCUCUGAAUCCCACAACACAAGCGUAUUUGACAUUGUCUCAGGGUACAUUUUAAGGCCUUUUCAGAAUAGAAAUGGUAUGAAAGGAUAGCUAAUCUUACUGUUAGCUAAUGCUUACUGUGUAGUACCUUGAUCCGUUCUUUAGUUUGUUAGUUCUAGAUCUAAAGAAUUACUACAGCCACUUUCCCCACCUUGCAAUAACUAAUUGUGGCUUUCUUUGGUAGAAGAAGUCACUGUAUUCCAAUUUUAUUCAUAGCAUUCUUAUUCAUGCAAGCUUUUAAUUUUAGGACAAACAGAUUUCAUAUGUUAAAUAGUUCUGGCUUGUAAACAAUGCACAAGUGAAGUGUCUCAAUGUUUCUUUUUAAGGUUAACAUUUAGCCUUUAUGGCUAAUUGUCUUUGUCCCUGAAUUAAAGGGAGACCCAAGGCACAGCCAAGUUGGAAAGAUUUUCCAGGUAUUACAGGGCUCCUGGCCCGAUCUCUGUAUUAUGGCUGUUUUAUUUCACUGUUGCAAGCUAUCUUGUGUUUGGAACGAUGGCUAAAAACUCUAGUUUCCAAAAUAGUGUUGGCUACAUAAACUGGUCCUGUCGUUCGUGGCAGUAGUUCCAUCCAUCCCGAGCCAUUCUAGAAAAGGCAUAUUAUUAGCAGUGCUUUAAAUGGUUCUAAUGCAAGUGUGCCUGUGGAUCAGGUUAUGCUAUGUUCACUUUUAAAUAUAGAAGCUUAAAAAGAAAGCAUACCAAAGAUAGAACAUGAAUAUUAAUCCAGGUAAUUGCUCCUGAGUUACCUGUUCUACACUGCUGAUCACUGUCUUAAACCUCUUCACUGAAAACUGUUUUUAAUAGGUGUGGGCAUGAUUUGGGACUUAAGUGAAGAAAAACUUUUCUGCUUCAGAUUUAGAAAAUUCAUUGUAAGCAAUCGGUAUGUUUUAAAAGAAGUGAGACUACCAAUGGGAAUGGAUUUCCCACACUCCCAAGGUUGGGUUGAGCCUUUUCGUGAGGCAGGACCUGUCCUGUGAAACUCAGUAGAGGUUUAUUUCAAAUGACUUUUGAAAACUAUUUAUACAGGUCUUUAUAAUAUGAAUUUUACUUUUUAACCAAUGAGUAUUUAUUGAUGUCCUUAUGGAUACUUUUGUUGUUUUUAUUCUCUUACGUUGUAAAACUGCCGUGUGUGUGUGUGUGUGUGUGUGUGUGUGUAUAUAUAUAUGGAUUAUAAACAAACAAACAAACAGUUGUGUCAGGCAGGGGGGUCAUAAGUGAAAAUAAAUUAUAUUUUCCACCCAUUUUCCCCCCACUUACAAAGACCUGCCACUGCAGCAUUAUUUGACAGCUCAUUCACUCAAGCCAAUAGGUUAUAGAUUGAAUGUGAAGGUUUCAAAGAUGAAGACUUCUAUUAUAUUUGCUUUCAGCACUGAGUCCAAUUGUGUAGUAUGGAAAGUUACACAUAGCAGUUUCACUUUGGUUUAAAGUCUGGUAACGUCUUUGCUGAACUGCAUUGCCUGGAUUUUCCCUGUUUCUAGCUGUGGCUUAUUGAUGAAAAGAAAUGGAAAGCAGGAAGAGUGGAACACACUGUUGGCUGGCCUUUGGACAGACAUACAUACGGAGGAUCAUUUCUUUAUCAUCUAGAUGAGGGUGAGCCACUAGUAGCUUUGGGGUUUGUGGUAAGUAUUUUGUACUUGCAGUGAAACUAAACUUUUUGAACAUUUUUUGCUUCUGACGUAAGUCUGUUCAUGGAUGGCACUGAGAUAUAGAAUUCUAAUAUUAGUGUUGCUUGCAUACAUCAUAUCUUUUUAACUUUUACUUAUGAUGUUCAGUACGGAAGAUUGUCAGUGCUCAACUUCUACAAGGUUAGCAGGGUUCAAGAACUACUACCUUGAAAACACUUCUCCCUGAUGUGUGAGGUUUGGUACAUGGCAACAUUCUUUUCAAAUUGGAGCUUUUCUCAGGGGAAGAAUAUGUAUAUGAGCUAUUAUGCCUGUAUACAGAAUUCUUGAAUCACUUAUUCACACAAAAGAGCUGCAUGGCCAUACAUUUCAUAGGGACAGAAUUACUUCUUGUAACACUGAAAUUCAAAGUAAGCUAAAUAUAUCCAGCGAUAUAUAGCAUAAUAGGGUAAUGUCAGGGAACUGCCAUCAGUGCCGGAGGGAGAGAGCAAAAUCCAGAGGGAUUCCAGAGAGCGUCCCGGGAUUGGGAGAGGCAGCCCAUCUUCUGGGGAAGGGAAUCAGCGUAGCACCAGUGGAGAAGGGGGGCAGAUGGGGGAAGCGGCGAGGCGGUCCCAUGACUCCUUGCCGGGGACCAGCAGGGAGAGUAGAGGUCCUCCGCUGCCUACGCCCUCCUUGCGCAGAAGGCUUUCGUGCAGAGAGAGUAGGAGGAGACUAGGCGUCAAAGAGCUUCUUUGCUGGAAGAAGUUUAAGAAACGCCCACUGACGGAUUCUGCCAGUGAUUGAGACAGCCACGGGUGAGUGGCUGUCCGGACAGAAAAGCUUCACUCAGGCAACCCAGCCAGGUGUUUGCACCGGCUUACGCACGAGCAACCCCUAGAACCACUACAGGUAAUGAGGUGUGUGUUUGAAGCUUUGUAUGCCCUAUUGUAUGCCCUAUUACUAAUAGCCUACAGGUUUUGUUUUUUAAGAAAAAGUAAGUGUUUUCGCAUUAUGUCUUAUAGAUUGGUUUGGAUUAUCAAAAUCCUUACUUGAACCCAUUUAAGGAAUUUCAGAGGUGGAAGCACCAUCCAACUGUACAGCCUACUUUAGAAGGUGGAAAGAGAAUCGCCUAUGGUGCCCGAGCUCUUAAUGAAGGUGGCUUCCAGGUGAUGUUUUAGUAAUACAAGGUUAUUUCCUCAAAUGUCUCAGUUGUAGUGUUUUGUUUUGGUUUUUUUAAAGCUGCCAUCUGAUAGAAGCAGUCUUAAUCAUGAAUUUAGUUGCUUGACUAAAUUUGUAUUUGAGAAAAACACUAGUUCUGUGGGGGCAACUGCUUUGUUUCUAGGUGAUGGACAGACUUCUCACAGCAGGCAUCCUCCUGCAAGAGGCAGGAAGGAGUGAGCCUCCUUGCAUCUGAGAUUUUUAAAAGCACUUUUAUUAAACUUUGCUAGCUACCCUAUUGACCUGUAAUAUAUUUCUGUUGGUUUGAUCUAACCUAUCAGUUAAAUACAGCAGCAUUAGUAAAAACAAAACGCUGUAGUUGGACUGUUGUUGAACAGUUAAUAAAUGUCUCUGGUUGUCCUCUUUAAAUGUCAAAAUAAGAGAUAUUACAAACUGUCCCAGGAAAUGUUGCACCGCAAUCUCAUCCAUGGGUAAGAUUAGCAGGCCUCAUCCUGGAGUGAUAACUUGCAGCAUAACUAUAUAAAUUUUCACAAAUAAUUUAUAUCUUGGUUGUGAAUUCUAUAUUCCUGUAAUUAAACAUACAUCUGGUGUGGCUUGGUGAGACAUUGAAUUGGCAAGGUUUCUGCAUUUAAGCCCAAUUGAAACAUGUUCAACAGAAAACGGCAGUAGAACCCUACUUCUGAUCCAAAGAGCUCCAUAGAUUUAUGAAGGGCUAAGCCGGAGUCUCUGUGCAUCUGUAACACUAGUUGUGUGGCUGUUCCAAUUCAAGGUUUACCUGCAUUGUAGGUAAUGCUUAGAUUUACUUUUCUGUACUAAAACCUGCUAGUUUUACAACUGCUGCAGUAUUCCAGAGACCAAUCUUUUUAAUCUGUAUCCAUAGGUCUAAAGCAUGCUCUACUAAAUCUGUCGAAUACACCCAGAGAGGACAGAUGUUCUGAAUUAUUUGAUGCAGCCGUAUCUAGAAAAAUACUAGUGGCUACAAUAACCAAACCCUUUUCACCUUUCGGGUAUACUAGUUGACUGUAGAAAUCUAGCAGGGGUGUAAAAAUGGAUUAGAAGUACUCCAUGAAUGAUGCUGGCUCUUAUUUAUAAUGCCUCUCAGAUACUUGGAUGUCAGGAGUUCCUGUCUCUUGAUGUAGCAGUUGAAAAGUUCAGUAGCUGCUUUAAAAGGUUGAGGUUCAUAGAUGUCAAUUCUUAGUGCUAUGGAGUUAAAAUACAACACUUAGAAUCCAUCUUCUUUAUUGAUAUCAUAUUCAGGAACUAUAUAGAUAACAGAAAGAGACAAAAUUUGCCUCUGUGGGUAGUGUUCUUUGUUCUCUUUUUAUAGGUAUUCCCAUUUUAUGACUAUUUUUCUGGACCACUGCAUUUGCACUUUAAUGCCUUGUUUGAGCUAAAGGUUUCCCUGGUUCAAAGUCAAUUUAUUUGAAGACAGUGUUCUUUAAAUCACUGCAAGAGGGAAGCAGCAGUGUAGUUUUGAGUGUCUGGGCUGGCCUUUUAAAAACAGCAACCCUGAAACAACGCUCCUGGCUUCCUUGUGGAGUGGAUUGUAAUGCUAAUGGAGUUUAGAAUGGCAAAUGUUUUACUGGAGUAGCUCCAGUUGCAUCAGACUGAAAAGGAAGAGAUAAAGCGUUGGUAUUGCUUAACCUUUAUUUGGGAGAUAAUACUGAUCUGCUUUAUAACAAUGAUUGUUACCAGCAAGACUAGUGAUAAUAUGGGAAACUUCUGGAGGGUGCAACACUGACUUCAUGGUACAAGAAAAAUCUGACAACUAGUUUCGACAGACAAGCUAACAAAUAAAACAAAAUCAGCAAAGGGGAUGAAAACAAAAGGCACAUUUGCAGGAGGCUGGUACCUUUUUAUUAUGCACAUAGGAGAAGGCAAAAGGUUGGGACAGCCUCACAUUAUGAAUUUUUUGGCUGGUAUGAAUAUAUACUGUAAUUGAUGUUACCACAUAACUGGAAAUAUGAUGUUAUGAGAUAUACCUGCUUGGAGUAAUCCAGAUUUGUAUCUCUGAGGGUGGGAUUAAAUUUUUAAAAAGAAAUGGAGAGAUGAGUAGAUACUGAUGUAAAGGUUGAAGUAGUGCUGGGAAAUUGGAGACAAGCAGCUGAACCUUCUAGUUUAAGGUAGAAGGAUAUAGGUCUAGUAGGCUUUGAAAAUUUUCAGAAAGAAUGAGGAAUAGUAAGUCUGAAAAACAGUGCAUGAUGAAUCUUCAGGCCGAAUAGAUUAUGCCUCAAUAUAUAGAUGGUUCUAGCCUCCAAUGUAGACAUAAUGGCUUGGGAUAUGCAGAAGAGAAUGCAAGCAUGCUGUAAAAGUGUAUGCUUUAAUCUGCUUAAUGCAAUCAAACUUAAAAUGUGACUGCUUGAUUCAAAAAAGCAAUCUUUCUUACUUUGCAUGAAUAGUUAAUAAAUAAAUUAUUAUCUCCGCAGUCCAUACCUAAACUCACUUUUCCUGGUGGACUCCUUAUUGGCUGUAGUCCAGGUUUCAUGAAUGUUCCUAAGAUUAAAGGCACACACACUGCAAUGAAAAGUGGUAUGCUGGCUUCGGAAGCCAUUUUCAACCAACUAACGAAUGAGAAUCUCCAAUCAAAAACACUGGGUAAGAUGGCAUGAUAUGAACAUUUAUCACUGAUGCUUUCUGAUCAAUGACAGUUCUAAAUAUCAAGGAGCUCUUUAAGCCAAGCUAAUUGUCACUGGUGUAUUGACCUAAAACAGCUUUGUAGAAAGCCCACAAUUCAAUAGCAUACACUCAGGGUAUUCCUUUUGCAGACUUCCUUUUACACAACACUUUUCAGACAGGUCUGCAUUUUCCAGGUCUUUUUUUUUGUUUUGUUUUGUUUUUGUCCUGACACUUUCCCUGGGGAAACAGCAAUAGGCUUUUCUGCAGAUUGCCAUUUGUUCUGAUUCAGUGGUAAACAGAGGGUUUCCCCAGGCAAAACAGUGGGAUACAAAAAAAAAGCCGCUGGCACAGACCUUGGAAGCGUGAAAAACACCAUUCAAAAGAAAAGUCUCCACCCUACUGACUCACCUGUGUCCAUUUCUUUAUCACCUGUGGAUAAUGGACCAGUACAAUACAAGCCUGCCCUAAAGUCUCAUCACCAUAUUGCAGAUAUAAUGGAAGGAAUUUACGAGUGGAGCCUAAUUAUAAUACCUUGCCUAGUCCUGACAAUUGAGUCUCUGCUAUGGCAUGUCACACCCUUCAAGUAUCAAAUGACACUGGGUGAGAUUAAUCUGAAGUUUACAUUGGAAAUUACAGGCUGAAAAUUUAUAUGAUGUGUAUUUGCAUUUCUUUUCAACUUUUUUUUUUAAAUAGUAUUUCCACUAAAGUUACUGUCUAAAAUCACUUGUUUUCAUCUUAAAUGCAAGGUGUUGUUUUCUUCAUUUUAAAUGCAGAUUCACUUUUUUAAAAAGUUGGCACCUUGUACAUGGGAAAAUGCCCAUGUUUAGCUGUUAAACAUGUGCCAUGCAAUCCUGUGCAUUUAGUCAAAGGUGGAUCCCACUGAAUUCAAUUAGGCUUACCCUCAAGUGUGCACAGAAUUGCAACCUCUGUGUUAUAAUUCUGUAGUGAAAAAUUUUACUACUUUUAAAUAGAAACAAAUGUUACUAUCCUUCAACAGCCUUCAAACAUGUUAAUUUUUGGUCUUAUUAGUAUAAAACUCAAAGAGUAAACAAUGAUAUAUACGUACCGUAUUCAAAGUUGUCUUCCACUCUGCUUUUUCAGUAUCCAUUCAGAUAUAAAAUUAUUGAAGUAUGGCUCUCCCGAGCGAUUUAUAUUUUCUCAAAUGUAAACUACUGCUUUGUUGCAAAAUAUAGAAAGCCUGGCUCUUAUCAGUAGCACUAGUUAUCUCCUUGGAAGUGGAACUGUAAGAUGCUACUGACUUUCUAAACAUUUAAUAAACAGCCCCUUGUUUCUAGGACUUGAUGUGCCUGAAUAUGAAGACAAUCUGAAAAAAUCCUGGGUAUGGAAAGAACUCUAUGCAGUCAGGAAUAUCCGUCCUUCAUGCCAUGGACCCUUGGGUGUGUAUGGUGGAAUGAUUUACACAGGCAUAUUUUACUGGAUACUAAGAGGAAUGGAACCUUGGACCCUAAAGCAUCCAGGUAGGUUUCUAAAUUAACAGCAUCUGGGCAGCAGCCAUGAGACUUUCCUUCUUCUCUCCUUUCCUUUUCAGACCACCAUGCCCCUAAAUCUGUUGGACAGUCCAGUGCUCUGUUGAUUUGGGGGAUUCACUAGGAACAGACUGCAGAGGGAAGGAGAGGAAGUGUAACUAUUGUGCAAGGAGGCUCACUCUUUCCUGUUGAGAUCUUUUCCACAAACAGGCCAACACCAUAGAAAAGGGGUGGAUACCUUGCAUCAUUUAUAUGACUCCCCCAAGUUCUUUAAGGCUUUCAGGAUCCCCCAAAAUUUGUCAUUAUUUUUUUUAAGUUAUUGACCACUCCUGAGUGCCCUUCUGUGAUACCAUGCCUACAGGAUUUUUUUUACCCCUCAAGAUAUGUCCUUUAAAAAAAAGGGGGGGGAGACCAUACCUACUCUACCUUCACCACCACCCCCUUUCCAGUUCUGGAACACAUCACAGCAGUAGAGACAUUUCCUUCAGAGAAGCAAAGUUACUUAGAAGAUGGUACUGAUAUGCUCCUUUACUAGAGUAUGGUGAAACCAAUAUAAUUUAAGUUUUGCUUAUAUUUAAGUUUUUCCCUCUGCUGAUAUUUUAGGGACAGAUGCAAAGCGGCUAAAGCCAGCCAAAGACUGCACACCUAUUGAAUACCCUAAACCUGAUGGAAAAAUCAGUUUUGACUUGCUUUCAUCAGUGGCUCUGAGUGGCACGAAUCACGAACAUGACCAGCCAGCUCAUUUGACUCUGAAAGAUGAUAGUGUUCCUGUCAAUCAUAACUUAGCUAUAUACGAUGGACCUGAGCAACGAUUCUGCCCUGCAGGUACCUAGCACAAUUUGUAGUGUGUGGAAUUGCAAGUUUGUUUGUUUUUUCCCAUUCCUCCCCUUUUUGUUCUCCUACGUACCAUAACUUCACUCAUCAGCUUGACCCCUUGGUUUUUGAUGGGGGCGUUUUCUGGCUGAAUUCUACUGUACUUUUAGAAUUAGGUUACUUCUUCCACUAAAUUCAAUUUUCCUUUUUACAGGAGUUUAUGAAUAUGUUCCUGUGGAAACUGGAGAUGGAUUGCGGUUACAGAUAAAUGCUCAGAACUGUGUCCAUUGCAAGACAUGUGAUAUUAAAGAUCCCAGCCAAAAUAUUAACUGGGUUGUACCUGAAGGUGGAGGUGGACCAGCUUAUAAUGGAAUGUAGUCUUGAUCAAAACUAAAAGAACACCCUAGCUGCAGAACCAUACAACUUUGGGUUUGCCACAUUUUUCUUAAGAGCUGCUAUCAUUGGUCCUCUGUGAGGUUAGCAUUCUAUUGAAUGCUGAACUUGGUAGUACCUGAAGCAGUAAAUGCAACUGUCUGCGUGUUCAGAUGCAAUAGGAAAGUACACUCAAAUAAGCCUUGGUCUAUCAAAGUGGAACAAGAACAGUUUGAGUACAAUCUGGUCUGAUUUGCCCAACCUCUCUAGACCUGAACACUAAUAAUGGAUGUGACCCAGAGUAAAAUAUAUGAAAGCUGAAGGCUAAACUUCAGUGGAUUUUGAUUGUAAAGAUUAGUCAGACAUCAAUCAUAUGUAACACGAGGUACAGAGCACUGCUGGCUAGGGGUUGUUUGCUAUAACUUGAUUUUGUUCAAGUAAUAAAGAAUGCUUUCCCUAUAUGAUUACAAAUUCAGUUUAUUUCUUCAACACCAUUCUAACAGCAUUUGAAUCUUCAGUAAUGAGAGUUACAAGUGAGGGAUAAAAGGGAUGGAAAUAGCUUGUUGAAUUUAAGCCUCUGGUAUGUAACCAAACUUUGUUCAAAUUCUUUGCACUCGAUCGUUCUGAAGUUUUACAAAGUAGUUUUUCAUACACUUUUUAGGUUAAAAUACUACUACUGUUAAGUGCCUUACCAUUUAACUUAAUAAUGAAAGAUGUUUGAAAUUAUAUGCAACCUUAAGAAAAGCCAAGAUGUAAACAUGUGAAACAGCAUCAGUAUUAGUGACAGUCAAUAACACACUGUCACUGCUACUCAUACUAAUCCUGCCUUUAUCAGUGCACAAGUUAAGGAGGAGAAACUAUCUUGACUUAAGCAAACAUCUUUGCAUAAGCUGCCUUCUCUUUUUCUUUCUCAUUCUUUAUCUUCUGCUUAACUUUUUGUACUUCCAUUUGGAUAGCUGUGGAAGUAAACAAACAAAAAGUGGUUAAAAUUGCUGUUUUAUGCUUUUGCAGAACUUUCACACCUUUCUCCAAAAGUAACCUAUUUAGAAUACAAAUUCCCAUUCCAAAAAUUCAUUUUCCCCAAGAGAGGGUUGAUUUAAGAAUAAGCUAGUCAAAACGCAGGAGAGAAAAUAGUGUGAAUAUAGCUUGUGUAACUUAAAAGCCUGUGUAACUUAAAAGUCAUGCAUGUUCAUUUCAGAGUACAUAACACCCUCUUCCCUUACUUUUCUCCCCACCCUCAAUGGGAUACAUAUACUGGCUCAAGUAGCAAAAAAAUGUUUUCAGUCUGCGGUGAAACUAGUGCAGCUUAUUCAAAAGGCUACCUAGUCAAUGGUACUAAGCAGAAUGGCACUUUACCUUUGUCUUGAGGUGCUAUGCCUUGAGCCUUCUGAAGCUCAGCCUUUAAAAAAAAAGAAAAGAAGUAAGCAAUAUGUUUAUGUAUAUCUUAUUUUAACAUUGUAUGUCAAACCAAGUACUUGUAAUUACCAAUGCCUGAUCAUAAUCUUUUGUUCCUUCCCAAGCUUGAGCCCUUCUGUAAAGUGCUUUGGUGUUUGUAGGAUCUAUGGCCAGAGCCUGCAAAAUAAUAAGAACAGUAUUUCUGAUAUUUCUUAAGAUUCAGUAAGCAAAACCAGCUACUGCAAUAAUUUGAGCAGCAGCAUCUCGCGAGAAGUUUUUAGCAAGGAAACAAAUGAUGCAACUCCUUCCUAGGUUUCUUUCAAGCAAAAGCUAGUUCUCCUUAUCAGCCUAAUUCAAGUCGCUAAUCUGAUAAGCAACAAAACCUUCCUGUGUGCCCAAGUAAUAGAAAACAUAAAUGGCUGUUUGUUUUCCUCUACACAGUCUUUUGUGGACAUUCUGGUAUCUAUCCAUUUAAGUAGCCGCUGAACCAUGCUGAACAAUCAGUAUGAAAUAAGACUGAAAAAGAUCUGGACAGUAUACUGACACCUUGUGGCUACUCUGAUAACCAAUUUACAUCACCUAGAGAUCAAUGGCUAUUAAGUACCAAAAUAUUUUAAUCACAAAAUUACCAAGAAUUCAAUCAAGCUGCACUAAAGCAAUUUCUUCUUAUAGCCACAUACUGAAUCUCAGCUUGUGAGGACACACAGAAGAGGGCUCCUAUUGAUUUUCUUGGGGUAUAUGUAGGUACAUAUAACACAAUGUAGGUCUGCAAAAAUUUUGCUGGCUUCCCCUAUUCAUUAUGUUUAUAUCUCUUAAGACAUGCGUUGGCCUAUAUGUGUGUUACUGAUCAAUGGCCCAAGCAAUACAUCCCAACAUGCAGAUGCUAAACAUGAAUGGAUCAAGGCACAUGGCAAGAGCAUUUAAAUAUGACACGAGUUGUGGAACACUAAAUUGGGCUUGAAAAAUGCCUCAACAGAAUUUAUUGUGUAGGACAAAAAGGGCGAUAAGGGGGAAAUGCUAUUUGAGGGCCAAACAAGAAAUGGCAGGUUAUUAGCUUUAAAAUUUUCAUCAAUGCUGACCUAAUGCAAUGAAUCCAGAAACUGGACAGAUAAGAAUUAAGAAUGCUUUGCUAUGCAUAUUGUUUUAAAUAAAAUUGUGUCAUCAAUUGUUUGUUGGAUUCUACUUUAUCAAUUUUUCUGAGCCAAAAUAUAAGCAAUAUACCUUAGUACAGUUUUCAAUUGCAUCUUGCCACUCCAACAGUUUCAGUCUGCAAGCAGCAAUGUUUAGGUAGCAGCUCAAUGCUACAGCAUUCAACUUUGCUAAAUCUUCCUUGUCUACUAUAGCUUUAGAAGCUUCAAUAUACCUGUACAAAAUAAAAUGACAGAAUUUGCAUUAUUGUAUUACCACAUGUCUAACUUGCAACACUAGCUAAAGCAGAUAAAGGGGGGGAUGGCCUAUUUAUGCUUCUGAUCAGUCCCAGAAUAUCUGGACCAUGUUAGUUUCGAAUCCCCAAUUUUAUUACCUUAAAGACUUGCUGUAUUUCUUGACUGCCAUUGCCCAGUUUUGGGAUUUGAAGAAAGUGUUACCUAUAUUUUUUACAUCUUCAGCUAUAGACACAACCUGGUGAAUCUACCAAAAACAGAGAGAGAGAGAGAUGGUAUCAUUCUGUAAUUUGCAAAAACAUUUUCCUGAUUUUUUAUGAGAAGGCCUGCAAGUUUAGAAUCUGGGUAAAACCUCAGUGCGACAGGAUUUACAACCGACUAUGUAAUGACACAUUACUUUGUCAUAGGUCAGAAAAACACUUUACUAUAUUGUAUUUUUAUUCAGUUGGCGUAUUAAAAGAUUAUAUAGACUCUGCCUAGUGAAGAGCUUGGAUUAAACUCAUUUGGCACUU